CAGCCACUUUCGGAUGCGUUCCUUCUACAUGCGGAAGAGCCUCUCUGUUGACAACCACUUGGGCUCGCUGGGCUACGCCGUGCAUCCCGCUGAGACCAAGGCUGAGCGUGUCCGGACCCGGCUGCGGCGGCAGUUUAGCCUGGGGUCAGCAGACAAGAAGGACUUCUACCAGUCCAAGUCGGAAAGCAGCCUCUCUAGGUUUGCCCACCGCUUGUCGGUGAAGCAGAAGCAGGAGAAGAGAAGGAAAGCUGAGUAUGGCUCGGCCGAGCUGUCUGCCUUCCGGCCCAGGUCUCUGAGCAUUGAAUGGUCAUCGUCCCCUAAAAUGACGCAGCAGAUGCGGGACCUGCAGCUGGCACAGGCCAGGAAGCCACCGGGCCCAUCCUCCCCAAAUGCGGCCAAAAGGCUGUACCGAAACCUCUCGGGGAAGUUCCGUGUCAACUACACAUCCUUCGAUGAGGGCAGCCUGGCGGGACGGGGCGAGAAGGAGAAGCCCCGCAAGUCCUACCUGUUUCAGAGCAAUGCUGCUCUCUUUGAGGCCGUGGAGCUUCAGGACCUGGACAGGGUGCAGGAGCUGCUGAAGCAGUACAGCCCUGAGGAGCUGGAUCUCAACACUCCCAACAGCGAGGGGCUGCUGCCCCUGGACAUCGCCAUCAUGACCAACAACGCGCCCAUCGCCAGGGCUCUGCUGCAGGCGGGAGCGAAGGAGAGCCCGCACUUUGUCAGCCUGGAGAGCCGCUCGCUGCACCUCUCCACGCUGGUGCGGGAAGCGGAGCAGCGCGUCAAUGAGCUGACAGCUCAGGUGGUGAACGAGGCCCCCAGCGCCGACUGCUCGGAGAAGGAGAAGCAGCUGAAGGCCUGGGAGUGGCGGUUCCGGCUGUACAAGCGCAUGAAGGCAGGGUUUGAGCACGCCCGAGUGCCAGACCCUCCUGCUAACGUCCACCUUUCGGUGGCCAGCAGCUCCUCAGUGCAGGUGACCUUCUGUGAGCCCCUCAGUGUCAACUCGGCCGUCGUCACCAAGUACAAGGUGGAGUGGAGCUGCUCCCCCUCCUUCUCACCGCUGGCUGGGGAGGCUGUGGUGGACAAGCUGAAGAGCCUGCACUACACUAUCCGUGGGCUGACCUCGGGCACAGCUUACUAUGUCCAGGUGUCUGCCUACAACAUGAAGGGCUGGGGACCCCCACAAGCCUCAGUGCCCCCAUUUGCCAUCCCUUCCAACUGGCGGGAGUAUGAUGGCCGGGCUCCACGACGGAGAGGCCAGGCUGAAGCUCUGGACCAUCUGCUGGGCCAGGUGAAGACCGUCCACCAGCACUGCAUUUGCCACGAGCCCUGCAAGAACCAGCCCCAGAGCAGGAAGCACUCGGUCUCCAGGAGCCUCAAGCACCUCUUCCACCCCGGCAGCAAGUUCCUCAAGACACUGAAGCGGGGCCUCUACCUAACAGCCAUCUUCUACAAGGACGACAACAUCCUGGUGACCCACGAAGACCAGAUACCGGUGGUGGAGAUCGAUGACACCUACUCCUGCCUGCUCAUGCAGGACUUUCUGUGGUUCACCAAGGUGUCGUGCAUGUGGGACGAGAUCCUGUGGCUGAGACAGUGCGUCACCGUCUCCCAGUCAUCCUGCUCCUGCAUCCUACAGACGCGCUUCAAGAUGCUGCUGGCCAUCUCGCAAAUGCAGGGGCUGCUGGGCAUCCAGGACCUGGGGCAAGUCUUCUUUGAGCCCAUCAAAGACAAGCAGGGCAACAUCCUCAUUGUCACCCUGAAGGAGGUGAAGACCAACCAGACCUUUGAGAGCGUGCGCUGGGUGCCCAUCUGCAAGCUGCAGACGAGCCGCAAGUCCGUGUCCUCCCCAGAGGAGCCCACUGCCCUGGACUCACUGCUCAUCUCUGUGCAGGACAAGCUGGCUUACCACCAGCGGAGCAGCCAUGCCCUCCCUCCGGGCCUCUACUUGGGCUACCUGAAGCUCUGCAGUGCUGUGGACCAGAUCCGGGUGCUUGUGCCUGAGCAGCUCCCCAACAUCCUGUGCCAUGUGAAGAUCCGCUCCAACCCCAACAUCUCCAGGGAGGAGUGGGAAUGGCUGCAGAAGAUGGCCAGCAUGGAAGAACCCGUUUCUGUGGAGUCCGAGAAUGAGACAUCACCAAACCACUUGUUUCAGGAGCUCCAGGUGGCCAUCAAGGAGCUGAUGGCUCUGGUCAACAUCCCAUUGCAAGAGGCGAAAGAUUUCCGUCUGUACAGCCAAGAGGUGCUAGACUUUGGGGGUCAGGUCUCCUUCUUGCUGCUGCUGCCUCCCUCAGACGACGUCUGCACGGCGCCAGGCCAGAACAACCCCUAUACUCCACAGUCUGGCUUCCUCACACUGCCACUGCAGAUAUUCGAGCUGGUGCACUUCUUCACGUAUGACCGAGAGUUCAUCACGCAGUACUGCCAGGUGUCCGCCCUCCUGGAGCUGGAGUCCCUCCUCUCGCAGCAGAGCCUCAGGGAAGCCUUCUCCGACAGCGAGCUUUCCACCGCCAAGCAGCGGCACCAGCAGGUUCAGGAGUACAUCCAGCAAAUGGAGGAGAUCUGGCGCGAGAUGCGCUGGAUGAUGGAUGCCCUGCAGCAUGCCCGCUACAAGCAGCCCUCCUGCGGCCUGUCCCUCAACGGCUUCCUCAGCACCUCCAGCGGAGCCAUGAAGGAGAAAACUCACUCCUCCUCAUCCCACCUCGACUUCCUUCCCUCCCCAGCACCCUCGCCAGACAGCAGCCGUAAGCUCAGCUCCGACCUGCACGGGCUCUCAGAUGAGGAGGGCUCCUCCGAGGUGUUCCUGGCCACUGACAGCGACUACGACUCCAGCAGGGCGCAGAGCCCCAAGGAGCUGGACCUGGUGUCCUUGGGGCCCGAGUGCUGCGGGCGGCGGGCGGCAUGCAGCCUGCGGGACAGUGCCCCUGACGUCCUGCAGAGCCACGAGCUGCAGCCCGCACCGCUGGCCCCACCGGAGCCCCGGCCGCCCCCAGAGCUCUACGACAGCGACUUCGUGCUGCCCAGCCGUCAGAUCGAGCUGCUGCGCGUCACGGAGAAGCGGCAGGCCUACUGCGAAAUCGUGUCCCGGUUCCGUCGAUAG